UACAACUUCCAUACCUCAACUGAUAUCCAUAAGAAAGCAAAGUUCUUGAAAAGUAUCCCAAGUCCUUCCACUUUUCUCUCUUUUCUCUGAUCCAACUUUAGUCGCUCUCUACAGCAUCCUUCUUUUAACUACAGUCAUUCCUUUAAUUAACUAUAGUCACUCCUUUAACUAUUCUUACUUCCUUACAGGACACUUCUCAACAAUUCAAGAACUUUAGCAAUGCAAUUCUCCAAAUUAUUCACGACCCUCGCUGCUGCAUCCAUUUUUACCACUGCAAUGGCAGCUCCACCAGCAGUCAAGCGUGACGAUGACGACGUUGUUAUUGUCAAGGUGAAGACCACCGUCCAGGACUAUCAAACCAACUACCACACCGUUGAAGGUCCAGUGCAAACUAAGACCAACCUUAUUAUUAACACAAGUACUCUUACUGUAACAAGGUACACUGCAACAGUGACUUCAACUGUUUUCGGUACACCACACACUUACACUACAGUUGCUACUACUCCUGUGCUGCCUGAAGAUGUUGUUCCAAAUAGUGAAAAUGAAGUUACAACUCCAGCUGGAACUGAUACUGAAACUACCCAGCAACCAGCCCCAGAGCCAACCACUUCCACCACUUCCACCGAAACUACCCCAACCACUGAAUCAACACCUUCUACACAAACUCCCCCAACUACUCAAACUACUCAAACUACUAAUACCCCUGAAACCACCAGCUUAGUACAGCCGGUAUCUACAUCACUUGAGGCAGUUGAAACAACCCCUACCCUCGCUACAAAAAUAGAGGAAACCACUAUUACCGGUGAUCUGAACGACGGCCCAACAAUUACUGCUGGUUCUGUGCCCACUUCAACCGACUCCUGGAUCAUAGGCAAUAUUUCCACUGUGACCUCCAGUGGAGUUUGCUACGUUGACUACGACUACUACUAUGCUACAGAAAGUGAAGCGGAUGAAACUGUCACGUCUACCUCUACCAUCUACACGACAGUGACACAAUUAUAAACUAGCGUCUACCCACAGUCAACCCACAGUAAGUAAUACUGCCUACACCAGUAAAAGUCCUAGAAUUUGGUUUCUGUUAAUACCUUUACACCUGUUGAGUUGUCUGAACAGAGAAUGGUUAUUCAUUCUUUCUGAAUAUUUGUAUCCUUGGUCCUAUUCUUCUACAUAAUAUAUAGUGUCUAGGAUACUCGCAACUCUAAUUCUGUUUGUUUUAUUUACAUAUUUUAAUAUAAUGGUUAUAACGUCUU